CCUUCUUCCCUUACUGCACCUCCCCUCCUUACCCUUAUCAGAUAUUAGCACCCCUUCUUUCCUUACUAACACCUCCCUCUUUACCACUAACAUAUAUUUGCACCGAAGUAUUACUAACUCUGCUUCUUCUCCUCCCCGCAGUGGUGGUGGUGGCGGGCGACGAGCAGGAGUAUCGGCUCACGCGCUACCUCAUGGCAAAUUACGACCCUUCCGUCAGGCCCGCCAGGAACUCCUCCCAGGCGCUCUCCGUGGUCUUCGGCGUCGCCCUGCACAGUAUCAUUGACGUGGAUGAGAAGAACCAGAUCCUCACGACCAACUGCUGGCUGACGCAGGUGUGGAGCGACGCGCACCUCACCUGGAACGCCUCGGACUUCGGGGGUAUCCAGGUGAUCCGCGUGCCCUUCCAGCGGGUGUGGAAGCCUGACAUCAUCCUCUACAACAACGCGGACGCCCAGUACUCCGCGGCCACCAUCAACACCAACGUGAUCGUCACCUCGAGCGGGGAGGUGACGUGGCUGUCUCACGGCAUCUACCGCUCCUCCUGCGACAUGAACGUGGAGUACUUCCCCUUCGACGUCCAGUCCUGCAAGAUGAUGUGGGCGUCCUGGACCUACGACGGAUACCAGCUGGACCUGAUGAAGCAGAUGGACGCGGGCGACAUGUCCAACUACCAGAGUAACGGGGAGUUUGACCUGGUGGAGUUCACGGCCGCCAAGAACAUCACCUACUACUCGUGCUGCCCAGAACCCUACCCGGACAUUACCUUCACCAUCAAGCUACGCCGCCGACCCAUGUUCUACGUGUUCAACCUCAUCCUGCCCUGCGUCCUCAUCAACGGCAUAGCCCUGCUAGUGUUCUACGUCCCCAGUGAGUCGGGCGAGAAGGUCACGUUGGGCAUCUCGGCGCUGCUCUCCAUGACCGUCUUCCUCAUGACCAUCAGGGAGUCGCUGCCGCCCACCGAGAAGACGCCCCUCAUUAGCAUGUAUUACGGCGUCACCAUCUGCCUCGUAAGCUUCGCGUCGGGGCUGUCCGUGCUCACCCUCAACAUCCACCACCGCGGCGUGAGGGGAACGGAGGUGCCGCGCCUGGUCCGACUUGUGGUGCUCGGCUGGCUGUCCAAACUCGUGUUCCUCCACUUCGAGUCCUCCGCCCAGGCCCAGGAGGAUAAGAAUGUGCAUGUGAAUGAUCUAAGGCCAGAACGAGGCGUCAAGCUCACUCCACUCAGCCCCGAGAAGCUCCACAUGACGGAGGUGGAGUCGGUGGACCACUUCAGCGUGUCGCCCAGGUUCCACCACCAUCGCCACCACUCCCAGCAGCCGCCCAACAAUGAGACCUCCACCACCACCACCACCACGACCCCCACCACCACCCCGGGCACCACGCAGAUCCCUUCCCAGACCACGGAUUUCGAGCACCAGUUCAUGCGCGUGCUGAACAAGGUGUACCAGACCAUCGAGAAGAACGAGAUGCGGCUUGGGGAGCAGGACCGGAAGGAGGCGACGAGGGUGGAGUGGCAGCAGGUGGCGCUGGUGUUCGACAGGUUCCUGCUCGCCUGCUUCCUGCUCUCCACCGUCAUCGCCACCACCACCAUCCUCUUCUCCUCCCCUCACGGCCCCUGACGCUCCCUCGCGGAGUUCUUCGGGGGGAGCAGCUACCCCUCCCUCCCCUCAAACGACCCCCCCACUCAGGAGUAAAGGGGGUGGGCCAUAGAGGGAGGGAGGCGGGGUAGGGGGUAGGUGGAAUUUUG